AUGGUUUUAGCAUUGAAAGAAUUAUCUAUUCGUGGUGAUUUUCGAACAACAGUUGAAUAUCUAAUCAAAGUAAUGGAAUCUGAAGCUUUUAUGAAUCAUAAAAUUGACACAGAAUGGUUAGAUACACGAAUAGCACAAAAUGAUCAAGUUGAAAAACCAGAUAUCUUACUUGGUGUGAUAUGCACUGCUUUACAUAUUGCUGAUAAUUGUUUAAAACAAUUAUUUCUUAAUUAUGAAUUACAUUUAGAAAGAGGUCAAUUUCUACCGUCAAAAACGCUUACCAAUAGUGUUGAUGUAACUCUGGUAUCGGAUUCUACGAAAUUUAUUGUUAAAAAGUACAUCGUGUACUCUGGUGAUGGUUUAUUAAUAUGUCAUGAAGCUGCUAGCUAUAUGACUUAUUGUCAUGAAGAAUCUCAAGGUUAUCGCACAGUAAUCAAUAAUCGUACAAUGAUGUUAUGCAAAGAAACUGAUCCAACUGUAUUAAGAUCCCAUUCUGCAGGAAAGCUUCUUCAAUAUUGUGUCACAGAAGGAUCACAUGUUUGCGCGAAUGCAAGUCUACGCCUCCUUAUUGAAGUCUAUGAAUAUGAUAUCUAG